CAGGAGGAACUGCCUGCUCGUCGCUGAAAACCCACAGGCCAGGAUUUAGGAUUUCACCAUGGCCUCUUCAAACUGGACGCGGAUUACUUCAUUACUUCUUUUAAUGACGAUAAGUUACUGUGGAGUAUUUGGUCGCGCAGUGGGCACGCUGAAGCUUCUGUCACAGUUGCCGAAAACUGCAGAUGAAUCAUAUGAAGCAACUUUACGCGCGGGCCGGUGGCGGCGCGGGAUGGCGGACACGCACCGGGAGAGGUGCGCGGAACUGGAAGCGCCUUGGCUGGAGAACACACGAGAAGCCCAUGUGGAUAGUGGAAUACCUUUGCAGCUCCGUAUACGGUCCUUUUCUCCGAGAGCUUCGCGUGGUUUGGUUUUCCCAGGAAAAGCUCUUUUCAAGUUUAUCCGAGGCGUCUACCGCUGCUGUCAAGAAGGAGUAAACUGCAGAAGGCUGAAAGGAAUUCAAGGGCGCACGAGAGGAGAUACAGGCACGGAGUUUGUCCUCACUGGGGAGAUUUUAUCAUUAACAGUUGCACGAGCUGAGCUUCACCUUCAGCUUUCCAACCCGCGACAUCUGGACAUCCGCCCUGUGCUUCCAUCCAUGGCGAAGCACAAGCUUCCUACGAGGUACAGUCUGGGGUCACGGGGUGACACCGUGGACCUUAGAGUGGACCUGCUAUUCCUUUUCCACAGUGUGCAAGAGGUGGUGGGUGGUGCUGGACGAGGCCCCAGCUUGACAAACAUGCGGCGUGCGGUACUUUUCUCCAACGGAGAUCCUCCGGGUGAAAACCCCACUGGAAUGGCUCCUAAGGACACCGAUGCCAAUGUGUUGGGGAGUGGGCUCACCAGCACGCUUUCUCCUCUGGACCUGGGCUUGGUCCUGGGUUGUAGUCAGGCUGGCACUGAGGUGUCAUGUGAAGCUGGUGGCGUUCACAUCACACACACACCUUUCAUGGCUCUUUUCUUUGGAUGAGGUUAACAAUGAGACCUGACUGUGUUUGCAUGGUAACAUUUCAUCUGUCCACUGGUUUUACCAGCUGAUGACAAACAAAACUCAAAAGGAUGCACUUCAAUGUCAAAAUUAUUAAUUU